AACAAUUCCCGAAACCCAAGUAGACGCUGAGCUUUGGACCCUCCCUUUUCGGCCCAGACGUGUGGGCACGUUAGGCCGUCGCGCCUCUCGAUUGGCUCCUGGCCGCCCUGCCUCUUGCGCUUUCCUUCUGUCCGUCACGGGAGUGGCGGGGCUCUGAUUGGUGGCGUUAGUUUUGCUGGUGGAGGGGGUGGCGACGGCGGUUGCUGUCCCAGCAUGGCGGGCUGCAGGCGGUUGAGCGGCUCGAGCCUGCGCGAGGUGCUGGGGGAGGCGCAGGGGGUGCUCUUCGACUGCGACGGGGUCCUAUGGACCGGGGAGCGCGCGGUGCCCGGUGCGGCGGAGCUGCUGGAGCGCCUGAGCCGCAACGGGAAGGCCACCCUCUUCGUCUCCAACAAUAGCCGCCGCUCGGUGGCCGAGCUGGAGCGCCGCUUCUCCCGCCUGGGCUUCCGCGGCGUCCGAGGCGAGCAGGUCUUCAGCUCCGCACUCUGCUCCGCGCUCUUCCUGCGCCAGCGGCUCCUCGGGGGCGAAGGCGAUGCCGCUGCCGGGGACUCCUCCGCCUCACCCCCUGGCCCCGUCUUCGUGCUGGGCGGCGAAGGGCUACGCGGGGAACUGCGGGAUGCGGGGCUGCGCCUGGUCGGGGAAGAAGAGGAGCCGCAGGAGCGGGCCCCGGUGCGCGCCGUCCUCGUCGGCUACGACGACCAGUUUACCUUCGCCAAGCUCUCUGAGGCCUGCGCCUACCUGCGCGACCCGCAGUGCCUGCUCGUGGCCACCGACCCGGACCCCUGGCACCCGCUGAGCGACGGGCAGCGUACUCCGGGAACUGGGAGUCUCACUGCCGCAGUUGAAACAGCAUCUGGCCGCAAGGCAAUGGUAGUUGGGAAGCCAAACACAUACAUGUUUGAGUGCAUUGUGGAGCGCUUUGGUGUGGAUCCAUCCCGCAUGCUCAUGGUGGGUGACCGGCUGGAGACAGAUAUCCUGUUUGGCAAGAACUGUGGCCUCGAUACGGUCUUGACCCUGACAGGUGUGUCACGCCUGGAGGAGGCACAAGCUUACAAGGCCAGCGAUAGCCCUGCUGUAAAGGACCUGGUGCCUCAUUACUAUGUGGACAGUAUUGCAGACUUGAUACCAGGCCUGGAUGAGUAAGGGGGAAUGUGGGUGGACAGAGAGUCCUAGUCCCUUUCCAGAUUGCCACUCUUUCCUAUUGAAGUGUCCCCCCCUUCAUUCUGGGUUUAUCACAUUCUAGUGUUCGUUGGGCAGGGAUGAAGAGAGAAAGGUUACUUCCCCCUUUAUUCUUGGAGCUCAUUCCAUUUGCAUUUUAACCAGAAGUAAGGGAACAAGGGGUCAUAUGAAAAAACACAAGAGUAUUUCCAGGCAAAAUCUGUAUUUAUUUAUUUAUUUAUUUUGCCUUUCUCUUUGUGUAAUAUAGCUACAUUAUUUAUUUGAAUCAUUUUUAUUGUUCCUUAGCCACUAGGGGCCUUUACCAUUGUCCUCUACAUAAUUUUGAAGCACCACAGUGUGCUCUUUGUGGUAUUUAUUCUUCUGAAGCUUUAAUGAGGCAACAUUUGUACCAGGGUUGUUUUUACUUAAUCAGUGCUGCCAUUACAUGCUAGUGUCAGGAUUUCUUGUCUCGGUACUCUGAAAACAUUAAAUGGGGAACAAACAUCAGGAAGCCAGGUCAUAAGUAACAUUGCAUCUCCAGAUAUUGGAUCUUGAGGUAAUUCUUAUGGGGGAGUGACACAUUUUAUUAGAUUUGUAUAGUUUGCUUAAAAUUGAUGCAAGUAGAGGCUAACUUGUCUUGAUGAGCCUGUUCCAUGACAUAAUUUCUAAGCAAGCUGCACACGGGACCCAUUCUUGCAUUACAGUGUUUCUGUAUGCAUCCACAGGAAUUGCUGUAAAAGGUUCUAUGAAACGUGCAUUCUCAGCUGGCUCAGUCAGAUGUAACUCCCAGGUUGCUGAACUUGGGUUCUGUACAGGGCUAGCCCUUUCACUAGGCAGCCUAGGUGGCUGCCUGGGGCACAGCCCUGGCAAGGUCGCCAGUGUUGGCCUUGCCUCCAUGGUGAGGUAAAUACCGGCAAAAGUGAUGGGGAGCAGCCGUGCGGCUGCCUGUUCCUCUGCUGGCUGUGUCAGACACAGGAGCAGAGCUAAGGCAGCCUCACUGCGUGCUCUGAGGCAAAGGCGCAUGACUGCUCUCUGUAGCUUUCUGGGGGGACGGGGUGCCCUGCCUAGGGCGCUGUUCCACCUCGAGCCACUGCUGGUUCUGCACAAUUCGCUAAACUGUGACUAAAACAUAGAGAAUGUUUUUAUGUCAUGUCAUCUUGAGAGGUUUCAUAGGUAACAGAAUUUUUAUCAUUCCUGUUUAAUCUUGAUGUUUUGGGAGAGGACUGCUAUUGUAAUGCAAUAGUAAUCUAUUUUUGUGCCAUGAUGUUCUGAACUGGUUGUCACUACUUCUCAGUAAUCUUCCAGCAAUAGUCUCCAAACACUCUUUGACUAAACAGAGGCAGAAAUACAUUCAGGUUUCUCUCCCCCUCCUUUUUCCUUGGCUGGGUAGACCAAUGAAACACUUAAGAAAAUAAUUUAGCUCUUGUCUGUUCCUGGUGUAUCACCAUCCAUGGUGAGGGAUAAACCACUUGGUCCACCCUCUCUCUGCCCUACUCCAGGGUUUUUGGUUUGUGGGAUAGUGUUGGCAUUUCCAGUCCUGUGAGUGUGCCACAACCUCCAGAAAUCAGUCCUUGCUGCUUGUCUUUUUAUUGUUUAACAUGUAUUUAUUAAAAGUGUUUGUAUAAAUUAUGCUGAUCAAUUGUGCCAAGGUGUGAAUGUAGCCUCUGAGCCCACUCAAUACUUGUACCUCGUUGUUGUUGUUGUGGUUUUCUGACAGUUGCUGCCAUUCUGCAUAUAAUAAAGUGCGAGCGUGAGAUGGAA